UUAAAUAGGACGCCGUAACUUUGGCAAUACCACAUCAGAUCACAAAGAUUUAGAACAGAGAGAAGAGUUUGUUAGCUUUACGUUACAUUGAUUGAUCGAAAAUGUACCGAGUUUUUUUCUGUACCGCUGCAAUAGUUUUAUGCAUGGUUGCCCUUUCAAUGGGAAAAACUAUUGAAAAAGGUGGAGCUCAAGCUCGCUCUGCCAGUAGACGACAGCUAGGUGGCAUCCUUCCACCAUCGUCUUGUUCAAGCAACUAUGAGUGUGAUUACCCAAAAAUAUGCCAUCCAGAAUUCGGCAUCUGCUACUCGGCUAUGCAAGAUCCUUCGCUCAAAAAACGUCAUGGUGGAAUGCUACCACCAACAUCCUGCUCAAGUGACUAUGAAUGCGACGGGUAUCAAGAAAUAUGCCAUCCUAAAUAUGGGUUCUGCUAUCGAGAAUAGAGCAGAAAACUGUAGAUCUGAAAUCGAAGUUUAAAUAUUGUAAGCGAACCUCUAGGUGAUUAUAUUCAUGUAAACUAAAUAAUGUAAAGAAAGCAAAAUGCCAUGUUGUAUGGAAGUUCUGUACUGACGCUAGACUGAACUGGUUUUCCUACUAGUUUGUAUGCAAAUAAUUCUACCUCUACCAGUGUAUUUUUGAGAAACACAAUGCUCAAACUAGAAUUGUGAAAGUGUACUAUUUAAAGAAAAAUAAAACUGAUCUCUUACUACGAGAAUUUAA